AUGAGCCACGGGUCCAGACACCCCCCGGCUGGCUAUGAGGAGGGGUUGGCACAGGCCCUCCGCCAGAUGAAACAUCCGGGGCCCGUGGAGGCGCCUGACGGGGCGGUCUCCGCCUUGGCGCAAUCAGUGCAUGUGGCUGCCCCGAAGCGAGCGGCUUUGAAUUCCUUUGCAACGGAUGAGGUGGCUGCAGAGGUCACCGACCAGGCUGUCCCGAAGUUGAUGGCCCAGAAUUCCUUUGACAUCCACCAGGAGAGUUUGACUGGACCUGGUGUGGCGGAUGCUGCUGGCCUUGAACCAACGCUAGGAGCUUUUGAGUCCGCAAUCGGAAAAAAUGACGCAGUUUUGAGUGUGACAGGGAGGACGUUGGGAAAGUGUGGGACGGUUUUGGUCACCAAACUUCUAGAAGUUCUUCCACUUCGCAGCCAGUCCAAGGGUAAAGGGAGUAAAGAGGCUAUUUUUCCUUUGCCUUCUUCUAGAAGUAUUUUCCUCAGCUUUGACCCUUUCAUGUCCGACGAGGUGAUCUCCUGGGCGCAGUGUGUGACUUUUUCCCUGAAUUCUUCUUGGGGAGGUGAGGUCUUGGUUGAGGAUUCCCCCAACGUUUCCCAAAGAAUGUGUCUUCAAGGUAUCUUGACGGAGGUCAAAAGAUUCUGUGAAAUUGAGACCACCAUUGUGGACCUGGAUUGGAAAUCGUUUUUCAGCGUGAGGUCCAUCGACUAUAAAGGUGAUGAAGUCAAAGUAGCUCGGAAGUUUUGCUGGGAAAACAUUUCUCCGGCAUUACCUCGUGAAAUCGGUAAGGUUCCUCUCGCUGACGUCUGUACUCUGGGAUCCAAACACUAUGUCUUAAACUUCGACCAAUUUCUCAAGCCUGUUCAUGAAAGGAGACGUGUCAAGCCGCCUCGAGUGAUGGUGGAUGAUGCAAACUGGGCGCGAGUGUGUAUUGGUCUGUUGGACGCCGAAGUGUGUACCUUGAUUGAAGAGCAUGAGAUUUUUGAUGAUGGUGAAGGACCCCUUCUGAACGGGCUGUUCGGAGUAACAAAGGAUGAGUGGACAGACAGUGGGACUGAGGGUCGGCGUGUUUACCUUGCUUCGCAAGUCUUACCCAUGGGGUUCCUUAACUCCGUGAGUCUCGCGCAGCAUGUACACCGCAAUUUGGUCAUGGCAUCGGGGGCGGGUGACCCCUGCCGGAAGCUCAAUGCGCCGGAACAGGAAUUGCGGAAGGACCGGCCCUUCUCAUCGGGAGAUGUGACUUGGAGGGUUUAUCUUGACAACUAUGAUCUCCUGGAGAAGGUGAAGGCAACGGAGAUGGUUUCUCUGGAACAGUCGGUGUUGCGCUUCUUGGGAUGUCUCCCUCUGGCACGCCUUGAUUUCCGCCUGGACAUGCAUGAAGUGGUGAGUUGCUCAGACGCCUCCAGCACUGGGGGCGGGAUUUGUGCAUCAGUGGCGCCUACCGCAUUUGGGAAAUUGGUGUCGCAAGGUAGCCUGCGAGGGGAGUUGGCUGAGAACCGCUCGGAUUUCAUGGUGCUCACCGUUGGGCUCUUCGACGGUAUCGGGGCCUUGUGUGUAGCCCUGGACAGUCUUGGCGUUCAAGUGAUUGGACACAUUUCAGUGGAGAAGGAAGCUUCUGCCCGCAGGGUUGUUGAGGCACAUUAUCCAGGUACUGUGACGGUGGAGGACGUGGAGCUCAUCACUGAGGAGAUGGUCCAGUGCUGGAGCACUAUGUUCUCACAAGCCAGUUUGGUGCUUCUCGGGGCUGGCCCUCCCUGCCAGGGGGUCAGCGGCCUGAAUGCGGACCGGAAAGGGGCGAUCAAGGACCAGCGGUCCUGCCUCUUCAAUCAUGUACCGCGGGUGCGUGGGCUCCUGAAACGGUGCUUUGUUUGGUGCCCAGUCUAUACCCUCAUGGAGUCAGUUGCCUCAAUGGAUACCGCCGACAGGGAGACAAUGUCAAAAGCAGUAGGGGUGAGGCCCAUCUCCUGCAACUCCGGGAGUUUUACCUGGUGUCAGCGCCCGCGAUUGUAUUGGGUGGACUGGGAGAUUGACGAGCUCUAUGUGGACAUGAGUCAACAUUCGGGGGAAUGGUCCCCUGUCGAGAUCCGUCUACAAGGAUGCCAGCCAAUCGCGGAGGUCACGCGUCGUGGAUGGAUCAAGGUUGAGCCCUCCAUGCCAUUUCCAACCUUCACGACAGCCAGGCCGCAGGCCAAGCCAGGCCGUAAACCUGCGGGGUUGCAUAGUUGCACCGAAGAGGUAAAGCGUUGGAGCGCCGACAAGCACCGCUUCCCGCCCUAUCAGUACCGCACUCAGCACUGCCUUGUCAAUCGCCACAACCAGCUCCGGGUGCCGGAUGUGUCCGAGCGCGAGAUGAUGUUGGGCUUCCCGCUCCAUUACACUGCCGCCUGUGUGGCCAAAGGUCUGCGUGGAAAUGAGGCCUACAAUGAUACCCGGUUGACCCUUUUAGGUAACACUUGGAGCGUUCCAGUGGUGGCAUGGCUCGUUGGCCAACUGUUCGGGUGGUUGGGUCUCAUCCCGGCCCCUACGCCCCAACAGGUCUUGGAAGCGCUGCUUCCAGCCACCGCAGGCACUGUACAGGGACGGCUUGUCCGCUUACCCUUGAAUCCAUGCCGUGAGCAACCGGUGGGCUCUAUGUAUCAUCUGGCCUUUAAACUGGGCAAUCUCAUAUCUGUCAAGGGUGAAGACAUUGCCUUAUCGACGCCUACAUCCCAGCUAGUACGGUUCCACCGUCUUAGGGCGAGUGUGCCCUCCUCGCUGUGGAAAUGGCGCAUCAUUGCAGGAUGGCGCUGGGCCUUGGGUCGAGAGCAUAUAAAUGCUCUUGAACUUCGCGCAAUCUUGACCUCUUUGAAGUGGCGUUUGGAACAUAAACGUCACAUGAAUGUCAGGUUUUUACACUUAACUGAUAGUUUAGUGUGCCUGCACUGUUUGUCUCGAGGGCGCUCUAGUUCCCGAGCGCUCCGUCGCACCCUCGCCCGCAUUAACGCCCUUAUUCUGGCUUCCAAUUCCCAGCCUGUCUGGGGAUACGUGCACACAGAUCAGAACCCCGCUGAUAAACCCAGUCGCUGGGGGAAGCGGGUCAGGAGUAAAUUCCGGGAUGCCGCGUAA